AGUGGUGCGUCGGCGGCUCGUUCUGGCGGCAGCAAUGGUCAUUCAGUUGUCCAUGAACAUCGAUUGGGGGAGCCAGCGGGGACCACGCAGCUAGCCGCCGGCGGCGGGAACUUUCUCCCGUCUGUCGACCUCAUGGGGGAUAUCAGGCAUGAGCAACCCACUCGCGGCCGAGCUGAGCAGGCAGUGAGAGCGACGAGGGAGAUCGACGCCGACGACGAUGAGGGCGGUGGCGAUCGCGAGCCCCGGCGGGCCGGAGGUGCUGGAGGAGCGCGAGGUGGAGGACCUCGCGGCGCCGGGGGACGGCGAGGUGCUCCUCGGGGUGGCCGCCGCCGGCGUCAACCGCACCGACACGGUCCAGCGGCAGGGCGGGUACCCGGCGCCGUCCGGCGCCUCGCCCUACCCGGGGGUCGAGUGCUCCGGCUCCAUCCUCGCCCUCGGGGCCAACGUCCACCCGCGCUGGGCCGUCGGCGACCAGGUGUGCGCGCUGCUUAACGGCGGCGGGUACGCGGAGAAGGUGGUGGUGCCGGCGGCGCUGCUGCUCCCGGUGCCGGAGGGGGUGUCGCUGACGGACGCCGCCGGCUUGCCCGAGGUGGCCUGCACCGUCUGGUCCACCGUCUUCAUGACCAGCCAUCUCUCCCCCGGCGAAUCCUUCCUUAUCCAUGGCGGAUCAAGCGGAAUCGGCACAUUUGCCAUACAGAUCGCAAAGCACCUCGGAAUUAAGGUUUUUGUUACUGCAGGAAGCGAAGAAAAAUUAGCUGCUUGCGCAGGUUUGGGUGCGGAUGUAUGCAUAAACUACAAAACUGAAGAGUUUGUAGCACGUAUCAAAGAAGAAACUAAUGGAAAGGGUGUCGAUGUCAUUUUGGACAACGUCGGCGGACCUUAUCUCCAGCGCAAUCUGGACAGCUUAGCAGUUGAUGGUAGGCUUUUCAUCAUUGGUUUCAUGGGAGGCACCGUGACCGAAGUGAACCUGCAGGCGAUGCUUGCCCGAAGAUUGACCAUACAAGUUGCUGGGCUGCGCAGCAGAAGCCUGGCCAAUAAAGCUCAGAUCGUCAGCGAGGUGGAGAAAAAUGUAUGGCCAGCCGUUGCAUCGGGCAAGGUGAAGCCGGUGAUUUACAAGACGCUCCCUCUUUCUGAGGCAGCAGAAGCUCACAAGCUGAUGGAGUCAAGCUCCCACAUUGGCAAGAUACUACUGAUUCCAUGACUGGGUAUGGUAUCCUUCAGCUUUGAGCAGUGUGCAACCAUGCAUUGAUGUGCUACCCUAUCUUGUAAAGUUGGUUCUUGAAGUGCUGAUGAAAGUGGAUAUAUAUAUUGAAAACCAUUAGUUAUAAUAAGUGUUGGAACUUCGAAGUCACUAGAUUUGGGUUUGAAAAAGGUUGCUUGGUUGAGCCGCCUGGCAUAGUGUUCUUGAUGAUGAUGCUCCUAGUUCAGAUCCUACUGAGCAGGAUUAGCAUUGAAUGGUCACAAGCAUGAUGCAUUACUUUGCUCAGUAGGAUUAAUCCAGGCACCUGAAUAGGUUGAUGGAGGAUUAGCACCUGUAUAUUUUGGAUUGGGCAACGGUUGCAUAAACAGAAGUGAAUAGGUUUAUGACAACUGAAUAUUUUGGAUUUGGCAACUGUUGCACUGUAUAUUUAUAACCUGAAUAGGUUUAUGUAACCAGAACACUUGAAGAGAAUUUCACAGCGAUAGCUGGUCAGAGA